AUGGCAUGUAAAGAAGAGGUAGAUCAAUUAAAGCUCGAACUUGACGAGGCUGUCGCGCGCAUCGCGGAACUCCAAGUUAAUAAUCAAGUGGAUGUUACUCGUUUAUCAAGGCUUACGGGAUUUUACAAUGAGGAUCCGAGUUUGUGGUUCAUUCAGGUCGAGGCUGCUUUCGCGAACGCGAGAAUUACGAGCGACAGAACAAAAGCUAACCAUGUUAUAUCCGAGUUGGGUCCGGAAGUGAUCGUGUGUAUUCGUGAUUUGAUUACUGAGGAUCCUCGUCCGGACGAUCUUUACGGAAAGAUUAAAGCGCGAAUUAUAAGUCAUUUUUCUGUUUCUUCUGAAGCGCGUCUACGGCAGUUGCUCAAGGGUGAUGUUUCUUCUGCAGGGAAACCAUCACAAAUCCUUAGUCGAUUGAAUAACUUAAAUGAUAAUCGGUGCGGUACCGAUAUCAUUCGAUCUAUUUUCUUGGAUCAAUUGCCCGUUCAGCAUCGUGCUAUUUUAGUGGCGUCGCAAAUCAAGGAACUUUCUGAUCUUGCCAUCAUGGCCGAUAAAAUAUUCGAGAGUGUUGAACUGACAACCGUAAAUGUUGCUUCAACUAAGGUUGAAAAUUUGCAUACUUUCAACCUCGAGGAGAAAAUUGAUAUGUUAACCGCGAAAAUUGCUUCUUUAGAGCGAAAAUCUGAUCGUUCUCGCGCGAGAGGACCUACUGAACGAUCUCGAUCCAAUUCAAAACAUAGAAGUCGAUCUAAAUCUACAAAUUCAAAUGGAAGGUGUUUUUACCAUAGUAAAUUCGGGAAGAAUGCAAAAAAGUGUAGAGAACCGUGUUCGUGGAUUGAUUACUCGGAGAAAAACAAAAAGAGCGAUUCGGAAAACUGA